UGGGCGUACGGGAUUAUGGCGGAAGAUGUGCUCGCCGCUCAUCAAAUCAGAUCGAGUUUACCAACCAAUCUUGGUGGGUUCAGCACUGGUUUCACUUUGCCGGUGGUGAUGACAAAGACCAUGGCCAGGAUCGAGUUUCUUCUUGAAGAGAUAUGGAAGUUUUUAGAUGGGGGAUUGGGAUCACGGAAUGCAUUACCCUAUUUGGAAUUCCGUCGUAUCAAGGUAUAAAGAUACAAGAAUAUUUCCAAAAGCUAGCCUUCUGCAGAAUGAAUUGCAGAGUAUCCAAUGACAUUUAGAAACUUGAAGAUCAAGCCCGGAAGGUUGCUUGAGACCAUCCACGAAACAGCCAGCAGUUUUGGAGCCAAAGGAAUAUGGGGGCCAGAAAAAACUCAAACGGGGGUUUGUAGAUUAACAUUAUCUGAUCUAGAUAAGCAAGUUAGGGAUUGGUUUAUUAAUGAGACGAAACAACUUGGUUGUUCUAUCAAAAUUGAUGAGGCCGGUAGCAUAUUUGCAACGUAUCCCGGGAAGGAUAACUCAUUGCCUCCUACUGCCAUUGGAUCUCAUUUAGAUACUCAACCCACUGGAGGAAGGUACGACGGGGUUUAUGGGGUUCUUUCCGGGCUUGAAGUAUUAAGAACAUUGAAGGAAAACCAGUUUGUGCCCAAUUACCCAAUCACGGUGAUAAACUGGACAAACGAAGAAGGUGCAAGAUUCCCAAUGUCGAUCAUGGCGUCUUCUCUUUGGUCCGAACAGGUUGACAAAAAAACAAUUUAUAACUUGAAAUCAGUAACUGAUUCAGAGCCAGUAACCGUCGAGCACGAAUUGAAAAGAAUCGGCUACCUAGGAGAUACUAAAGCUUCGUACAAGCACAACCCCAUUGCUGCUCAUUUUGAAAUUCAUAUUGAACAAGGUCCGAUAUUAGAAAAUGAACAUAAAGAAAUCGGUAUAGUCACCGGAGUACAAGCUUACGCUUGGUAUAAAGUCAAAGUUUCUGGUAAGGCCUCUCAUACCGGUACCACCCCAUUCAGUGCCAGAUCAGACGCAUUAUUGGCUGCUUCCAAAAUGAUUGCAAAAGGGAACGAAAUUGCAACCAAACUCGGAGGGCUCUUUAGUGUUGGGAUACUUGAUUUGUCACCUGCAGUGGUGAACGUUAUCCCCGGCGACGUUUCCUUCACCAUGGAUGCCAGACAUGUCAAAGAUGAGACGUUGGCCCAGUUGGUUGAAGAAGCCAAACUGGAAUUCACCAAGAUUUCUAAGGAAUCCGGUAAAUCAAUCUCCGUGGAGUUUGACCAUAUCUACACUUCCAACGCAGUAAAGUUCCAUCCCGACUGCAUCAAGUGCGUCAGCGACUCCGCAACCCAGCUCUUUGGUGAGUCUAAAGUCAGGCAAAUCACCAGUGGUGCCGGCCAUGAUUCGUGUGCUACAAGUGCAAGAGUGCCAACCUCGAUGAUCUUCAUUCCUUCGAGAGACGGGGUCAGCCACAACCCGGAAGAGUACUCGACCCCCGAGCAAGUUGAAAACGGGUUCCAGGUCUUGCUCCACUCGGUACUCCAGUACGACCAACUCAGAAAGGAUAGAGAAUAAGUCUUUUCAAGUAUAUAAAUCGGUAUACCAGUAGUUUAUUUAUUUGCGCACGAC